UUCAUAUUAAUUCCAUCCUCUUCUGCUUGGCCCUCUCCUUAGGAGAAAGCAAGGCUGCGGAGCAAUGGUAAAUGGUAGCAGAUGUUACACAACAGAUAAGAAUUCCGGUCUCAUUUACUGAUGGGGUCCAUCAUCCCCUCACAGUCAAUCAUAGAACUGGGCCCCUAAAUUAAUUUUACACAGACUAUUUGCAGACAGUGAUCAAAUUCAGUCACCCUUUCUAACUAAAUGAACUCCCUGAAAGGUAGAACAAACCCUUUUUGAGGUGUGGAAAAUGGAAGAUGGACUCUCAAUAUUGAUAAAGUAUACAAGCAAAUGAGGAAAACUGAAGUGUGCACUGUGCAAACAUGACCCGUAUCUCCCGAUUGGCAACUAGAAUUGUGCAAGCAGAAAACCAACAGCAUUGAACAGUAAUUUAAAGAUUUUUCUGGGUCCUUUUGAGGAGACGUAUAUCUUUAUUAACAUGCCUGCUGUGGCAACUGUACCUAAAGAAUUAUACCUCUGCACUUCAUUGAAAGAUCUUAACAAAAAGACAGAAAUAAAAGCUGAGAAAACCAGUACUAAGAAUUAUGUACAGAGUGCUCUUAAGAUCUUCAAAGCAGCUGAAGAGUGCCGGUUGGACAGAGAUGAAGAGAAGGCUUAUGUACUUUAUAUGAAAUAUGUGACUGUGUAUAAUCAUAUUAAAAAAAGGCCUGAUUUCAAACAACAACAGGAUUACUUUCAUUCAAUACUUGGACCUACAAACAUUAAAAAGGCUGUUGAAGAAGCCGAAAGGCUUUCAGAAAGUCUUAAACUCAGAUAUGAAGAAGCAGAAGUGCGCAAGAAACUGGAAGAAAAGGAAAAGCAAGAAGAGCAACAGCUGAAGAAACAAGAAUCAAAAGAUGAUGCAAAGGUUUUGCCCAAAGUCUCUUCAGAAAUUUCAUCAGAUCCCAAAGGAAAAAAUCAAAUGAUCAAUGGUGAGAGGAAGACUUCAAGUGAAAGAAAAGCUCUGCCUGAAACUGCAAUUUCUGUCUCUCAAGGAGCAAUCACAGCAGAGAAAUUGUUUAUAAUGAUGAUGGACAAAAGCAUCAAGUUGAUGAUAAUGGAUGUGCGAUGCUUGAAGGAUUACCAGGAAUCCUGCAUUGUAAACUCUGUCUGCGUUCCAGAAGAAGCUGUCAGUCCAGGAGUCACUGCUAACAGGAUUGAAGCUAAACUCCCUGAUGCUUCUAAAGAGCCAUGGAAAGAGAGGGGGCAAGCCAAUUAUGUUGUUCUACUUGACUGGUUUAGUUCAGCAAAAGAUUUGCAAUUGGGAACACCUCUGCGAAGCCUCAAAGAUGCACUUUUCAAGUGGGAAAGUAAAGCUGUACUACAGAAUGAGCCCUUGGUCUUAGAUGGAGGUUAUGAAAAUUGGCUUCUUUGCUAUCCCCAGUACACAACAAAUGCCAAAGUAACUCCACCCCAACGCAGCAAGAGUGAAGCGGUUUCUGUUUCUUUGGAUUUUACAUACCCAUCUUUGGAAGAACCAGUUCCUGCUCCACUGCCUGUUGUUCAUGUAAAACCUGUGGUGGAAGUGACAGAAAGACCAGAAGCUGCAAAUGAUCAGGAAAAGAAAGUAGAUUCACUUAAAGCACCAGCUUCUAGUGGAUCACCUGCUGCUUCUUUUAAGGGUGAUAGUUCAUUUCCUAUUGUCCAGCCAGUAUCUGCCACGAUUAUUCCUCAGGUUGAUCGUACAAAAAAGCCUUCAACAAAAAUUCCAGACAAUGAUGAUAAGUCAAAAGCUGAUAGCCCAGUCAUUGAUAAUCAACUUACUUCAAAUGGGAAAGUGGUUCCAGAUCGCUCCACAAAGCCAACGUUGGAUCUAAAAGUCAGCCCGAUGGAGGAAGAGAAAAUCCACACCCCUGAAGAAAAAGCUUCUCAGCUGGGGAAAAACAGACCAGAAAAAGAACUACAAGAGAAGCAACAAGAAGAACAGAAAGAGAAGCUGAAAUGGGUGAAGCAAGAUGACGAGCAAAAAGCAAAAGAACAGGGGAAAAGGGAAGGCAAGGAAACUCUUCAGAGUGAAAAAGAAGAACAGGCCAGCAGAGGAACAGGUGAAAAACAAGAGGUGGAAAAGACACCAAAAGAAUUAACAGACUUUAAAAAGACAAGUAAAAUUUCCCAGCGAGAGCCAUUAACAAGAGCACGGAGUGAGGAGAUGGGGAGAAUUAUACCAGGGUUGCCCGCUGGCUGGGCUAAAUUUCUUGAUCCAGUUACUGGGACUUUCCGUUACUACCACUCUCCGACCAACACAGUUCAAAUGUAUCCACCAGAAAUGACUCCAUCAGCCACUCCACCUUCUACCCCACCAACUCAUAAACCAAAACCUCAGGCUGUGGAUCAGCGAGAGAGGGAACCCUCCAAACUGAAGCGCUCUUACUCCUCACCAGAUAUAUCCCAAGCCAUUCAGGAGGAAGAGAAAAAGAAAGUCACCAUCACUCCUACCAUUAAUCGUGAGAAUAAACCAGUAAGCUAUCCUAAAGCUGAAAUCUCAAGGCUUUCUGCAUCUCAAAUUCGCAAUCUCAACCCUGUAUUUGGGGGAAUGGGACCAGCUCUCACAGGUCUUCGGAAUUUAGGAAAUACUUGCUAUAUGAACUCUGUAUUACAAUGCCUGUGUAAUGCACCGCAUCUGGCUGACUACUUCAACAGAAACUACUAUCAAGAUGAUAUCAACCGGUCAAAUUUCUUGGGGCACAAAGGUGAAGUGGCAGAGGAGUUUGGCAUAAUUAUGAAAGCUCUUUGGGCUGGACAAUACAGAUAUAUCAGUCCAAAAGACUUCAAAAUUACCAUUGGGAAGAUCAAUGAUCAAUUUGCAGGUUACAGUCAGCAAGACUCUCAGGAAUUGCUGUUGUUUUUAAUGGAUGGUCUCCAUGAAGACUUGAAUAAAGCUGACAACAGAAAACGUUAUAAAGAAGAAAAUAAUGAUCAUCUAGAUGACUCCAAAGCAGCUGAUCUUGCCUGGCACAAGCACAAACUGCUCAAUGAGUCUAUUAUUGUUGCACUCUUCCAAGGCCAGUUCAAAUCCACGGUGCAGUGUCUUACCUGUCAUAAAAAGUCUCGGACCUUUGAAGCAUUUAUGUAUUUAUCCUUGCCACUUGCAUCCACUAGUAAAUGUACAUUGCAGGAAUGCCUUAGAUUGUUCUCCAAAGAAGAAAAACUGACAGAUAACAAUAGAUUUUACUGUAGUCAUUGCAAAACUCGAAGAGAUUCUUUGAAAAAAAUAGAAAUCUGGAAGCUGCCUCCUGUUCUUUUAGUGCACUUGAAAAGGUUUUCCUAUGAUGGACGAUGGAAGCAAAAACUUCAGACGUCAGUUGAUUUCCCUCUGGAAAACCUUGAGCUGUCGCAAUAUGUUAUUGGGCCAAAGAGUAUCUCAAAAAGAUAUAACCUCUUCGGUGUAUCUAAUCAUUACGGAGGGCUGGAUGGAGGACACUACACAGCCUAUUGCAAAAAUGCUGCAAAACAGCGAUGGUAUAAGUUUGAUGAUCACGAAGUCUCCGAAAUCUCUGCAUCAUCUGUGAAAUCUUCAGCUGCCUAUAUCCUCUUUUACACGUCUUUUGAACAACGAGCCGGCGAUAUAGCUACGUAAAAGAAAUGUUUGAAGAAUAUUGGUCUCCUUUUAUAAAUGCAUCGUAACAGCCUGAGCUGUGAUUAAUAUAUGGUCACUGGCUGAGGCAGGAGAUGGCUGCAGCAGUUUCUCAUCUAAGAUAUAUACUAGUGUUACUGCUUAACUCUGAAAACCAAAUGAUUAACUCUGCUGCUUAAUACAGAACAAUUUGUUUAAAAAAAUAACUUAUUUUAGUGAUGCUCCAAAAUUAUAAAUCUAACUUAGUCCUUUUAAGGCUAUUAAUAUAUGGGUUUAAAAUGUCUUAAAACCCAAAGCAUAUCUUUAUUUUCCCUCCCACAUUUAUGGCCUUUUCACACUAACCUUAAGCUUGAGUCUACUGUGAAUACGAUAGAACGAUGUCAGCAGGUAGGAAUGUAUGUGUACAUAUUGAUUGCAGGCUUGCACAUCCAAACUCUGUAUAUAAUAAAGAUAUGUGGUCCUCGGAGAACUACUAGAAUGGA